AUGGAUCUGAAUGGCGGACGCCCGAUGUUAUCGACAUGCAGAUAUUUGUGGCUUAGAGUAAGUGGUAAUAUCAGCAAAAGUCUCGGUAAAGUCACAACGUCUCCGUGUUCACCAAAUCUCUGUCUACCCAACACUCAGUCUUUCUUCCUCUAUCGGAUUUAUUUCCUUCUUUCAUUUCCUCUUUUUCUUAUUAUCGUUACCUUAGGCAACAGAACUCCCACUGGACAUUCUCUGUUCUUUCAAUCUCUCUGUGUUUUUUUUCUUCACUUUCCCGCCCCUUCUCUUUCACUUUCUCUCCAUGUCCCUAUCUCUAUCUUCUAUUUGAAAACUGGUUCAAUAUUUAACUUGAUCGUCUUCCUCAUCGCUAUGACGACCAAAGCUGGGAGCCGAUUUCAUGACUACAGAAUCUGUCUGCUUCUCCCUUCUCACAAUCUCUCUUUUCAUUCUUGUUUCUCCUCCCCUUUUUCUCUACUUAAAAAUUUCUCUCACCAUUUGAUCGAAUCCCUCUCUAUUUCUCUAUUAAUAUUUCUCUUGGCUUAUAUUUUAUUGCUUCUCCUCCGCCGAUUUCACGUUUCCCAUCUUUCUUUCUCACUCUCUCUCUCUCUCCUUUUAUUCUCAACUCUCUCUUUUUCUCUACUAAUAUCUCUUUCUCUGUUUAUAUUUUAUAACUUCUCCACCUUCAUUUACCCUAUUUUUCUCUUUUUUUAUUUCCAUUUAUUUGAAUCUCUCUCUCUCUCCCUAUUUCUCUAUUAA